AUGCUUGUGCUUAUCAUAGGGGCGAAGCUUCAGUUGGUCUGCGACGCUGUGAACAUCACCCUGAACAAAAACUCAAUCUCGGGCGACUCACCAGGCAUUCCUACCGGCGUGCGCAUCGGUACCCCCGCCAUGACGACUCGCGGCUUCGGCUCGAAGGAGUUUAAACAAGUAGCGAGUUUAAUCAAGGAGGCAAUUGACAUCUGCUGUGAAAUACAGGAGCAAUCGGGUAAGAAACUGAACGACUUCAAGAAACACGUAACCCCAUCGCAUCCCCGCAUAGCUUCUCUCAAGGAACGGGUGACGGCGCUUGCCCGCAGCUUCCCCAUGCCAGGCCGGCCUGGCCUAUGA